AACCCAGGUCGGUUCACUCGCCCUGACGCAUCGCCACGCGCGAGAGGCAACGAGUCGGUCGAGGACUCGCGACUCGUCGUCCGCCUCUUCCUCCCCGUCCCCGGCCGUCCCCUCCCCGCAGCACCGCCACCAAUCCAACUCCAAUUCGUCCUCCUCGUGGUCGCCGCGCCCAACGCUGCAGCGCAGCGGGGAGAGAGCUGGCGGCUAGGAGAAGGAAUUGGAUCGCGGAAGCAUGAGCUUGGUCGCCGGCGCCUCUCGCCGUCGAGCUCGAAUCGGGAGAUAAGAAGAAUCUGCGGGGGAGCCUCAUAGAAGAUGGCCCCGCAACCGCAGGAGGAUAAAUCAGACCGCCCUAGCGGCGGCGGGGGUGCCGGCGCACCGAGGGAGCAGGAGCGCCGACCGUCUAAGGCAUGGGGAAUACUCAUCUUCGGCCUCAUCGGCGCCACCACCGCCACUUUCGCGAUUACUCAAGUUCGCAGAAGUGUGGACUGGUUCUACACUCAGCUAAAUAAAAUGCAAACGACAUCAUCUUGGAGGUAUACAAGUAACAACUCAAGUCGUGGAAGUUUCAGUGAGGAAGCUAAGAAAAGAUAUUAUCAGCGUAUGCAGCAGGAAUAUGAGGAGGAACAAGAGAGAGUUCAAAGAAUAAGGCACAUGCAAAGUGUUUUCAACAGAGAGAGGAAUAAAUUUAGGAGAGGUUAUGAAAGUUGGAGGGAGAAUGGCCCACCUGGUGGCUACAAUUACAUCCCUCGGGAUGAUUGGUAUUGGCAGACUGACACUUCUCACUCGGAACAUAAAACUAGACGGACUUAUACACCGGCAGGACCUAGGGUUUAUCCUAUGUCACAUCAUUAUGCAGUUCUUGGUCUUGACAGAUCACGAGCAACACCAUAUACGGAUGCAGAAGUAAAGACUGCUUUUAGAACAAAAGCAAUGGAGGUUCAUCCUGAUCAGAAUCAAGAUGAUAGAGAGGGUGCAGAAGAGAAGUUCAAGGAGGUCGUCAAGUCUUAUGAAGCAAUAAAACUGGAAAGAAAAAAUGGUGUCAAUUGAUGCACCCGUCCAGUAUGAUCGCAGCAUCCGAGGAAGAGUGGAAUCAGUUGUAACUUGCCCUGUACAUGCAAGCAGCUGAUGCCAUCAGGUUAUUUGAGAUGGGUUCUGCUGUUGUUGUUGAGGGCCUGUAGCGCAAAUCUUGUGCCGGGUAGACUAGGUAGGAUAAGGGGCAAAGGAUGUGUUAUUGUUCACUUAGCUAGUAAGUUGAUGAGCUCACGUGCAUAAAUUCCAUAAACUGGACAAGGUCGAGCAUUUUUGUUGCCACUUGCGUUGGGACUUGGGAGUAUGUACCCGCUGCUGUAUACUGGUGAUUUGUUUUUUUUUAUAAAAAAACCAUGAUUUGUUUUUUUAUUUGGUGGGAAUUGACACCUGAUCAAAACAUCUGUACUGUAUAUUGUUUUCGAGUCACUUGGCUGGCAACUCAAUUGUAACUUCCCCUGCGUA